AUGAGCGGAGGAAUUACACGACUAAAGCAACAUCUUACUCAUAUCGGAGGACAAGUCAAAAGUUGUUUGAAAGUGAGUGUGGAUAUCCAGCAUAGAGUCUUAGCUCCUUUGGUUGAUGUGGUUAGAUUGGUUGAUACGGAGGAGAAGCCAAGUAUGGGUUAUAUCUAUGAUGCAAUGGUUAGAGCGAAGGAUCAAAUCAAGAAAAAUGUAACUGAUGAAAGACUUGUCCAUAAAAUUUUAGGUAUGAUUCAAGCAAGAUGGACCGACCAACUUCAUCACCUGUUACAUGCAGAGGAGAAUGAUAAAGUGAGGCAGGACUUGAAUCUAUACAUUGAUUCAGUUGGGCAAUUUGGAUCCGCGACUGCUAUAAGGGGUAGAACGAAAGUUGCACCAUAUAUAUGGUGGCGUACAUAUGGGAUCGACACACCUUUGCUCCAAACAUUUACUAUUAGUGUCCUCAGUGAAACUUGUAGCGCUUCAUCUUGUAAACGCAAUUGCAGUACAUUUGACAAUUUACACUCAAAGAAAAGAAAUUGUCUUUUGCAACGAAAACUCAACGAUCUUGUAUUCAUUCAAUACAACACAAGGUUACAAAGGCACUUCAACUCAUUAAAAACAAAUAGAUCUUUGGAUCCUAUUUUGUUGAGAGGCGUAGAGGAAAAUGAUGAUUGGGUUACACCAACACAAGAUGAGCUUCAAGAGUUUGUUGACGGUACGGAUGGUCUUCGUUGGUCGGAUGUACGAGAGGCAAUGGGAGGAAAUGAAGAAGUUAGGCCAAGUAGUAGGACCAAAAGAUUGCGCUAUAGAGAUGAUGAUGAUGUUACAAUUCAUGCGGAAGAUGAUCUUAAUGUACAACUGGAUGAGAUGGUUGAUGUGGACUCGGAGGAAGAUUUUAUGGCUUAUGACUAG